GGUUGGUGAUCUUAAAAGUGCUCCGAACACGAACAGUGCCCGCAGUCUCUCGGUUUUGGUGUUAUUUUUUGUGGCUCUGCAUCUGUAUCUGUAAUUGUAUCUGUAUCUCGAUCGGCUCCAACCCGCUGCAUCCGUAACUCUCUCCCCCUCCCAAGUGCGUGUGUGUGUUUGGUGUGUGUGUGUGUGAGCGAGAGUGCUAAGCUUUUUGCUCACACGUCUAACGGUUGCCCAAGUGUGCGUAUCGUUGCCUUAACUUGAACCAUGGGUCGCAUGUUCGUGUGCGUCUAAUAAAUAUAUUUAAAAAUAAGCAUUUCGACAUACCGUCGUGGAAAUUAUGUGACACACACCAGUCCAAAUACCAACAAGCACGUCCCAUUCAUUCGCGCGUUAAUAUUAAAAAGCCAUCCGAGUGCCAAAAGCAACGAAGCGAGCAAUAAUUGUGAUUAAUAACAACGAAACAAACGAAUUCCGACCGCAAAUUAGCCGCAUAAGGCCAUUCAAAUAGCAAUAGUCCAGCCAGGUGCACUACUCACGGCACCCAAACGGUGAUUACCUCAUCUGUGUCAGCGCUCCGCCAGCAAAAUGGUAUCAAAAAGCAAUAAAAAGAAACAAGUGUCUCAGCAGCAGCAAUCGCAGCCGCAGCAGCAGCAGACGUCUACGUCGACGCCGCCAGCCAUAUCGACCACAACAUCAACGUCGUCGUCGGAGGCCACGAAGCUUACCAAAAAACUGGGUCCCGAUGCGUUCGCCACUCUGACCACCAGCAACAGCUCCAGUUCCAUGCAACACGAAUCGGUGACCUAUGGCGGUGAUCCUGUCGGUGCCAGCACUUCGGGUGCUUCUCUGCCAGCGGCUGGAGUGAGGAGCUACAGCAGUCGCAGUCAGAGCAAGAGCAAGGCAUCCCAGUCGCAUUCCUCCUACACAGAGCAAUCUCAGUCCCAGCUGCAGUCCGAGCAGUACAGCAGCAAGAUCUCGCGGGAUUAUGCCAAUCAGAAGAUCAUCUCAUCGAUUGAUCUGCUCGAAAGUGAAAAGAAGGAUCCCGUAUUCUCGGUGCCCAUCGAAGUGGUGGAGAUCACAACGCCCACGCUUUCCGUCUCCGCCAGCGGGGGCAGUGUCUCGAAAAUGUUCACAUCCUCGUCGAUGUCUUCCAGCCAACAGCAGCAGCAGGCCAGUAGCUCCAGCUCGUACUUCCAAGCCACAACCAGUUCCAGCCAGAGCGCCAACGAAACGUUGAUUGCCAGCGAGAGAGCCGAUACGGCUACCGGUAUGACAUCAUCCGUACCGAGGAAACAGGUUGGCUUCGAUACAGACACCAAGACAGUGACAAACGCCACCACCAGCACCAGCAGCAGCAGCAACAUCAACAGCAGCAGCAGCACAAGCACAAACAUCAACAUCAACACCAGCGGCAGCCGCAGCAGCAGCAGCUAUUUGAGCGAAUCUCAGAGCGUGCCAAAGCUGCCAAUGAGCGGAACAGCUGAUGCUCCCGCAUCGGUGACGUCACAAGGCUACCCCGAACCGGUUGCCGCGUCGUCUGGCGCGACCACAACAAAGGCGACGUCAUCGACGCGACGCAACGAUAAACUGGAAGUGGCCAGUGCUAACACAGCUGUUGAUACUGCUACGUCAUCGUCGUCGAUGGUCGACCAGAGGUCCAGCAAAGAGGUCAGCGAAAGUUCAGUGCUGAAGAGCUCCACCAGCAGCAAGCAAUCGAAGACUUCGUCCAAGAAGGAGGUGUACGAUGUGAAGACCAAAACCUGGACGGAGUACAGCGAUGGCAGCUCUCAAGGACCCAGUAAGACCCGGCCGACCUUCGAGCGGUAUGUCAGCAAGGAAUCCGAUGGUAGCUCCAAAGUAACGUACAAGAAGAAGAUAUACGACAGGCGCAACAAUCGGUGGCGCGUGGUAGACGAACGGACGGUGGACAGCACCGCCGACACGGGCUAUCCCGAAAUAGUCGAUGAUGUCAUUAACACAACAAGAACCACAUACACCACCAAGGUGUACGACACGAAGCUCGGCAAGUGGACUGUUGUGGACGAGAAGUCGUUCACUGAUACGAAAGCUUUUGUGCCCAAUGACAUUGCUCGUGAAAUCGAGAAAGAUAAUACCGAUGUUGCAAACAUAACGACUACAACGGAGGUGACGAAGAUUUUCGAUGCGAGCAUCAACGACUGGCGCGUUCUGGACGAGAAGGUGCACACGGAUGUUAUUGAGAAGAUCGUAGAGGCUCCCAAAAAGACCAUUUACGUGGACGAGUUUGUGGAGAUUGAGAAGAACACUUCGAUUUCUGAAAACAACGAAAACAUAACCCUGAACUUGAAUGAGACAUCGAAACACAAAAAUAUUACCGAAAAUAUUUAUGAUGAAAUCGAUUAUGUGCGCACUGAUAAGCAACGACUAAACGACUCAAGAACCCGAGGAGUUGCAAAAAACAAGUCAACAACACAUAGUGAAAGAUGCAUUUGUGAAAUCUGCACAUGCGGGCGACACCAUUGCUCAAGCAGUACAACGAAAUCUACAGAAAAUACGGUUAUUCAAACCGAUGUUUUUACAGAUAACGUUGACGAAGCAUAUACAAGGAUACGUACAAAUACAUGGUCGAAAAAAGAUAAUGGAAACAUUCCAAAGCAAAACGAAGACAUUCUAGUGGACUAUAUAGUCAUUAAGAAGCCGGAAGAUAACUUAAGACCAGAGGGAGACUUUAUUGUUCCUCCGAAGGAGCCAUACAAGCCGGGUGAAAAACGCGAAAAGAUUGUGCAUACCGACAACCUCCGUACAGAAGGAGAUAUGACUUUUGUAGAGAGGGAGGAAUAUCAAUAUACCGUUCGUCCGGGCUAUGUUAAGCCCACAGACAAUCUAAAGCCAGAAGGCGAGUUUUACAGUCCAGAAAAACCUAGGUACCAACCAGGAGAUCGGCCUUCUCAAGUGCGACACACAGAUAAUCUAAAGCCAGAAGGCGAAUUUUACACGCCGGAGAAACCGGGAUACGCUCCAGCCGAUCGCCCCAUACAAAAAAGGCCGGUGGAUAACCUCAAGCCGGAGGGCGAAUUCGCAUCCCCAGAAAAACCCAAAUACACCCCCGCUGAAAGACCUGAAAAAAUUAUAAGAAGUGAUAACUUGCGAACUGAAGGGGAAAUGACAUUUGUGGAGCGAGAGGAAUAUCAAUAUGUUUCACGACCGGGACAAGUCAAGCCAACGGAUAACUUAAGACCAGAGGGUCAAUUUUAUAGUCCUGAAAAGACAAGUUAUCGCCCUGGCGAACGUCCAUCUCAAGUGCGUCCAGUUGAUAACCUUAAACCAGAAGGUGAAUUUUAUACUCCCGAAAGACCAGGAUUUCAACCUGCGGAAAGGCCAGUUCAAAAGAAACCGGAUGACAAUCUUAAACCAGACGGGGAAUUCGAAAGGCCAGAGAAACAAGUUUACAAGCCAACCGAUAAAACUGAAAGAAUAAUUCGGAAAGAUAAUCUUCGUACGGAAGGAGAAAUGACGUUUGUAGAGAGGGAAGAAUAUCAAUAUGUGGUACGUCCUGACCAGGUUAAACCAUCGGACAAUCUGAGGCCUGAAGGAGAAUUCUACAGUCCCGAGAAACCAAAGUACAAGCCCGGCGAAAGACCUUCCCAGGUUAGGCCAGAAGAUAACCUCAGACCAGAGGGUGAAUUCUACACACCGGAAAAGCCAGGAUUCAGGCCUGCUGAGAGGCCAGAACAAAAUAUACCAAAGGACAACCUUAAGCCCGAGGGUGAAUUCUACAGUCCCGAGAAGCCUAAAUACAGACCAGGCGAAAGACCUUCACAAGUUAGGCCAGAAGAUAAUCUCAGACCUGAAGGUGAAUUCUACACACCGGAAAAGCCAGGAUUCAGGCCUGCUGAGAAGCCGGAACAAAAGAAACCACAGGACAACCUUAAACCCGAGGGUGAAUUCUACAGUCCCGAGAAACCUAAAUACAAGCCUGGUGAGAGACCUUCUCAGGUGAGGCCAGAAGAUAAUCUGAGACCAGAAGGUGAAUUCUACACACCCGAAAAGCCAGGAUUCAGGCCUGCUGAAAGACCAGUACAGAAAAAGCCACAGGACAACUUAAAGCCGGAAGGCGAAUUCGUGAAGCCUGAGAAACAAGUUUACAAGCCGGCCGAUAAAACUGAAAGAAUUAUUCGGAAAGAUAAUCUUCGUACGGAAGGAGAAAUGACAUUUGUAGAGAGGGAAGAAUAUCAAUAUGUGGUACGUCCGGAUCAGGUUAAACCAUCGGACAAUCUUAAGCCAGAAGGAGAAUUCUACAGUCCUGAGAAACCUAAAUACAAGCCUGGUGAUAGACCUUCCCAGGUUAGGCCAGAAGAUAAUCUGAGACCAGAGGGUGAAUUCUACACACCGGAAAAGCCAGGAUUUAGACCUGCUGAGAGGCCGGAACAAAAGAAACCACAGGACAACCUUAAACCCGAGGGCGAAUUCUACAGUCCCGAGAAGCCUAAGUACAAGCCCGGCGAAAGACCUUCUCAGGUUAGGCCAGAAGAUAAUCUAAGACCAGAAGGCGAAUUCUACACACCAGAAAAACCAGGAUUCAGGCCUGCUGAACGACCAGUACAGAAAAAGCCACAGGACAACUUAAAGCCGGAAGGCGAAUUCGUGAAGCCUGAGAAACAAGUUUACAAGCCGGCCGAUAAAACUGAAAGAAUUAUUCGGAAAGAUAAUCUUCGUACGGAAGGAGAAAUGACAUUUGUAGAGAGGGAAGAAUAUCAAUAUGUGGUACGUCCUGAUCAGGUUAAACCAUCGGACAAUCUUAAGCCAGAAGGAGAAUUCUAUAGUCCGGAGAAACCUAAAUACAAGCCUGGUGAGAGACCUUCCCAGGUUAGGCCAGAAGAUAAUCUGAGACCAGAGGGCGAAUUCUACACACCGGAAAAGCCAGGAUUCAGACCUGCUGAGAGGCCCGAACAAAAGAAACCACAGGAUAACCUUAAACCCGAGGGCGAAUUCUACAGUCCAGAGAAGCCUAAGUACAAGCCCGGCGAAAGACCUUCUCAGGUUAGGCCAGAAGAUAAUCUAAGACCAGAAGGCGAAUUCUACACACCGGAAAAGCCAGGAUUCAGGCCUGCUGAACGACCAGUACAGAAAAAGCCACAGGACAACUUAAAGCCGGAAGGCGAAUUCGUGAAGCCUGAGAAACAAGUUUACAAGCCGGCCGAUAAAACUGAAAGAAUUAUUCGGAAAGAUAAUCUUCGUACGGAAGGAGAAAUGACGUUUGUAGAGAGGGAAGAAUAUCAAUAUGUGGUACGUCCUGAUCAGGUUAAACCAUCGGACAAUCUUAAGCCAGAAGGAGAAUUCUAUAGUCCCGAGAAACCUAAAUACAAGCCUGGUGAGAGACCUUCUCAGGUUAGGCCAGAAGAUAAUCUGAGACCAGAGGGCGAAUUCUACACACCGGAAAAGCCAGGAUUCAGACCUGCUGAGAGGCCCGAACAAAAGAAACCACAGGAUAACCUUAAACCCGAGGGCGAGUUCUACAGUCCAGAGAAGCCUAAGUACAAGCCCGGCGAAAGACCUUCUCAGGUUAGGCCAGAAGAUAAUCUAAGACCAGAAGGCGAAUUCUACACACCGGAAAAGCCAGGAUUCAGGCCUGCUGAACGACCAGUACAGAAAAAGCCACAGGACAACUUAAAGCCGGAAGGCGAAUUCGUGAAGCCUGAGAAACAAGUUUACAAGCCGGCCGAUAAAACUGAAAGAAUUAUUCGGAAAGAUAAUCUUCGUACGGAAGGAGAAAUGACGUUUGUAGAGAGGGAAGAAUAUCAAUAUGUGGUACGUCCUGAUCAGGUUAAACCAUCGGACAAUCUUAAGCCAGAAGGAGAAUUCUAUAGUCCCGAGAAACCUAAAUACAAGCCUGGUGAGAGACCUUCUCAGGUUAGGCCAGAAGAUAAUCUAAGACCAGAAGGCGAAUUCUACACACCGGAAAAGCCAGGAUUCAGACCUGCUGAGAGGCCGGAACAAAAGAAACCACAGGACAACCUUAAACCCGAGGGCGAGUUCUACAGUCCAGAGAAGCCUAAGUACAAGCCCGGCGAAAGACCUUCUCAGGUUAGGCCAGAAGAUAAUCUAAGACCAGAAGGCGAAUUCUACACACCAGAAAAACCAGGAUUUAGGCCUGCUGAGAGGCCGGAACAAAAGAAACCACAGGACAACCUUAAACCCGAGGGCGAGUUCUACAGUCCAGAGAAGCCUAAGUACAAGCCCGGUGAAAGACCUUCUCAGGUUAGGCCAGAAGAUAAUCUAAGACCAGAAGGCGAAUUCUACACACCAGAAAAACCAGGAUUCAGGCCUGCUGAACGACCAGUACAGAAAAAGCCACAGGACAACUUAAAGCCGGAAGGCGAAUUCGUGAAGCCUGAGAAACAAGUUUACAAGCCGGCCGAUAAAACUGAAAGAAUUAUUCGGAAAGAUAAUCUUCGUACGGAAGGAGAAAUGACGUUUGUAGAGAGGGAAGAAUAUCAAUAUGUGGUACGUCCUGAUCAGGUUAAACCAUCGGACAAUCUUAAGCCAGAAGGAGAAUUCUAUAGUCCCGAGAAACCUAAAUACAAGCCUGGUGAGAGACCUUCUCAGGUUAGGCCAGAAGAUAAUCUGAGACCAGAGGGCGAAUUCUACACACCGGAAAAGCCAGGAUUCAGACCUGCUGAGAGGCCCGAACAAAAGAAACCACAGGAUAACCUUAAACCCGAGGGCGAAUUCUACAGUCCAGAGAAGCCUAAGUACAAGCCCGGCGAAAGACCUUCUCAGGUUAGGCCAGAAGAUAAUCUAAGACCAGAAGGCGAAUUCUACACACCGGAAAAGCCAGGAUUCAGACCUGCUGAGAGGCCGGAACAAAAGAAACCACAGGACAACCUUAAACCCGAGGGCGAGUUCUACAGUCCAGAGAAGCCUAAGUACAAGCCCGGCGAAAGACCUUCUCAGGUUAGGCCAGAAGAUAAUCUAAGACCAGAAGGCGAAUUCUACACACCGGAAAAGCCAGGAUUUAGGCCUGCUGAGAGGCCGGAACAAAAGAAACCACAGGACAACCUUAAACCCGAGGGCGAGUUCUACAGUCCAGAGAAGCCUAAGUACAAGCCCGGCGAAAGACCUUCUCAGGUUAGGCCAGAAGAUAAUCUAAGACCAGAAGGCGAAUUCUACACACCGGAAAAGCCAGGAUUCAGACCUGCUGAGAGGCCGGAACAAAAGAAACCACAGGACAACCUUAAACCCGAGGGCGAGUUCUACAGUCCAGAGAAGCCUAAGUACAAGCCCGGCGAAAGACCUUCUCAGGUUAGGCCAGAAGAUAAUCUAAGACCAGAAGGCGAAUUCUACACACCGGAAAAGCCAGGAUUUAGGCCUGCUGAGAGGCCGGAACAAAAGAAACCACAGGACAACCUUAAACCCGAGGGCGAGUUCUACAGUCCAGAGAAGCCUAAGUACAAGCCCGGCGAAAGACCUUCUCAGGUUAGGCCAGAAGAUAAUCUAAGACCAGAAGGCGAAUUCUACACACCAGAAAAACCAGGAUUCAGGCCUGCUGAACGACCAGUACAGAAAAAGCCACAGGACAACUUAAAGCCGGAAGGCGAAUUCGUGAAGCCUGAGAAACAAGUUUACAAGCCGGCCGAUAAAACUGAAAGAAUUAUUCGGAAAGAUAAUCUUCGUACGGAAGGAGAAAUGACGUUUGUAGAGAGGGAAGAAUAUCAAUAUGUGGUACGUCCUGAUCAGGUUAAACCAUCGGACAAUCUUAAGCCAGAAGGAGAAUUCUAUAGUCCCGAGAAACCUAAAUACAAGCCUGGUGAGAGACCUUCCCAGGUUAGGCCAGAAGAUAAUCUGAGACCAGAGGGCGAAUUCUACACACCGGAAAAGCCAGGAUUCAGACCUGCUGAGAGGCCCGAACAAAAGAAACCACAGGACAACCUUAAACCCGAGGGCGAAUUCUACAGUCCAGAGAAGCCUAAGUACAAGCCCGGCGAAAGACCUUCUCAGGUCAGGCCAGAAGAUAAUCUAAGACCAGAAGGCGAAUUCUACACACCGGAAAAACCAGGAUUCAGGCCUGCUGAAAGACCAGUACAGAAAAAGCCACAGGACAACUUAAAGCCGGAAGGCGAAUUCGUGAAGCCUGAGAAACAAGUUUACAAGCCGGCCGAUAAAACUGAAAGAAUUAUUCGGAAAGAUAAUCUUCGUACGGAAGGAGAAAUGACGUUUGUAGAGAGGGAAGAAUAUCAAUAUGUGGUACGUCCUGAUCAGGUUAAACCAUCGGACAAUCUUAAGCCAGAAGGAGAAUUCUAUAGUCCCGAGAAACCUAAAUACAAGCCUGGUGAGAGACCUUCCCAGGUUAGGCCAGAAGAUAAUCUGAGACCAGAGGGCGAAUUCUACACACCGGAAAAGCCAGGAUUCAGACCUGCUGAGAGGCCCGAACAAAAGAAACCACAGGACAACCUUAAACCCGAGGGCGAAUUCUACAGUCCAGAGAAGCCUAAGUACAAGCCCGGCGAAAGACCUUCUCAGGUCAGGCCAGAAGAUAAUCUAAGACCAGAAGGCGAAUUCUACACACCGGAAAAACCAGGAUUCAGGCCUGCUGAAAGACCAGUACAGAAAAAGCCACAGGACAACUUAAAGCCGGAAGGCGAAUUCGUGAAGCCUGAGAAACAAGUUUACAAGCCGGCCGAUAAAACUGAAAGAAUUAUUCGGAAAGAUAAUCUUCGUACGGAAGGAGAAAUGACGUUUGUAGAGAGGGAAGAAUAUCAAUAUGUGGUACGUCCUGAUCAGGUUAAACCAUCGGACAAUCUUAAGCCAGAAGGAGAAUUCUAUAGUCCCGAGAAACCUAAAUACAAGCCUGGUGAGAGACCUUCCCAGGUUAGGCCAGAAGAUAAUCUGAGACCAGAGGGCGAAUUCUACACACCGGAAAAGCCAGGAUUCAGACCUGCUGAGAGGCCCGAACAAAAGAAACCACAGGACAACCUUAAACCCGAGGGCGAAUUCUACAGUUCAGAGAAGCCUAAGUACAAGCCCGGCGAAAGACCUUCUCAGGUCAGGCCAGAAGAUAAUCUAAGACCAGAAGGCGAAUUCUACACACCGGAAAAACCAGGAUUCAGGCCUGCUGAAAGACCAGUACAGAAAAAGCCACAGGACAACUUAAAGCCGGAAGGCGAAUUCGUGAAGCCUGAGAAACAAGUUUACAGGCCGGCCGAUAAAACUGAAAGAAUUAUUCGGAAAGAUAAUCUUCGUACGGAAGGAGAAAUGACGUUUGUAGAGAGGGAAGAAUAUCAAUAUGUGGUACGUCCUGAUCAGGUUAAACCAUCGGACAAUCUUAAGCCAGAAGGAGAAUUCUAUAGUCCCGAGAAACCUAAAUACAAGCCUGGUGAGAGACCUUCCCAGGUUAGGCCAGAAGAUAAUCUGAGACCAGAAGGCGAAUUCUACACACCGCAAAAGCCAGGAUUCAGGCCUGCUGAGAGGCCCGAGCAAAAGAAACCAGAGGACAACCUUAAACCCGAGGGCGAAUUCUACAGUCCCGAAAAACCAAAGUACAAGCCCGGCGAAAGGCCUUCCCAGGUUAGGCCAGAAGAUAAUCUAAGACCAGAAGGCGAAUUCUACACACCGGAAAAGCCAGGAUUCAGGCCUGCUGAGAGGCCGGAACAAAAGAAACCACAGGACAACCUUAAACCCGAGGGCGAAUUCUACAGUCCCGAGAAACCUAAAUACAAGCCUGGUGAGAGACCUUCUCAGGUUAGGCCAGAAGAUAAUCUGAGACCAGAGGGUGAAUUCUACACACCGGAAAAGCCAGGAUUCAGGCCUGCUGAGAGGCCGGAACAAAAGAAACCACAGGACAACCUUAAACCCGAGGGCGAAUUCUACAGUCCCGAGAAACCCAAGUAUAAGCCCGGCGAAAGACCUUCCCAGGUUAGGCCAGAAGAUAACCUCAGACCAGAGGGUGAAUUCUACACACCGGAAAAGCCAGGAUUCAGGCCUGCUGAAAGACCAGUACAGAAAAAGCCACAGGACAACUUAAAGCCGGAAGGCGAAUUCGUGAAGCCUGAGAAACAAGUUUACAAGCCGGCCGAUAAAACUGAAAGAAUUAUUCGGAAAGAUAAUCUUCGUACGGAAGGAGAAAUGACGUUUGUAGAGAGGGAAGAAUAUCAAUAUGUGGUACGUCCUGAUCAGGUUAAACCAUCGGACAAUCUUAAGCCAGAAGGAGAAUUCUACAGUCCCGAGAAACCUAAAUACAAGCCUGGUGAGAGACCUUCUCAGGUGAGGCCAGAAGAUAAUCUGAGACCAGAGGGUGAAUUCUACACACCGGAAAAGCCAGGGUUUAGACCUGGUGAAAGACCUUCCCAGGUUCGACCAGAAGAUAAUCUGAGACCAGAAGGUGAAUUCUACACACCGGAAAAGCCAGGAUUCAGGCCUGCUGAGAGGCCAGUACAGAAAAAGCCACAGGACAACUUAAAGCCGGAAGGCGAAUUCGUGAAGCCUGAGAAACAAGUUUACAAGCCGGCCGAUAAAACUGAAAGAAUUAUUCGGAAAGAUAAUCUUCGUACGGAAGGAGAAAUGACGUUUGUAGAGAGGGAAGAAUAUCAAUAUGUGGUACGUCCUGAUCAGGUUAAACCAUCGGACAAUCUUAAGCCAGAAGGAGAAUUCUAUAGUCCCGAGAAACCUAAAUACAAGCCUGGUGAGAGACCUUCUCAGGUUAGGCCAGAAGAUAAUCUGAGACCAGAGGGCGAAUUCUACACACCGGAAAAGCCAGGAUUUAGACCUGCUGAAAGACCUAAACAGAAAAAACCUCAUGAUAACUUAAAACCAGAGGGCGAUAUGGUUAUACCAGAAAAGGAAAAAUAUAAGCCUGCCGAUAAAGUGACAAGAGUUAUUCAUAAGGACAACCUUCGCAGUGAAGGAGAAAUGACUUUCACGGAAAAAACUGAGUAUCACCAUAUCGUUAGACCCACCCCAGUGAAGCCGGAAGAUAACCUGCGAACCUCUGGUAAGUUUUACGUCCCUGAAAAGCCCGCUCAUACCACUGGUGAACGCCCCGAGCCGGUUAAGCCUAAGGACAAUUUGAAACCAGAAGGUAUAAUGUAUACCCCGGAAAAACCGAAAUAUGAGCCCGCUUCGCGUCCAGAACAGAAGAAAUAUGCCGACAACUUGAAACCUGAAGGUAAGAUGCACAUUCCCGAAAAGGAUGGGUACCGGCCUGCCGAUAAGGUGAAGACGGUUAUUAGAAAAGAUAAUUUAAGAACCGAGGGAGAAAUGACAUUCACCCAGAAGGAGGAAUACCAUCAUGUUAAACGGCCGGAGCAAGUAAAGCCAAGUGAUAACCUAAAAGUCGAAGGUGAAUUUUAUACCCCCAAUAAAACCGCCUUUAGGCCUGCUGAGCGACCAAUUCAAAAGAAACCAAAAGACAAUCUUAAGCCGGAAGGAGAAUUUUAUAAGAGAACAGACCGAAGCGAGACCGAUAGCAAGAUCGUUACAGAAACCGUUAAGCGAGAAACGCCAAAACGUCCUGUUGACAAUCUAAAGCUAGAAGGGUCUAUGACCGUAACGAGAAGAGAUGACUAUAAAAAUACGGCCAAAACAACGGUUGAGAAAGUGCAACGUACUCAAAAAAUUAACCACAACAGUUCAUCAAUUACCUUGGGUAAUGAUACUACAAUCCGAAAAACAACAAAUCAGAUGAACUAUGUGUCUGGCAAGGACGCUGUCAAACAAGUCGAUUCGAAUGGUCAAAACCCGGUUGACGGUCUCAUUGUUGUAUCAACAACAAAAGUAACUACUGUCAUAGGAGGGCGUCAUAAGAAGGAACCAGAAACCGAGUAUGUCAAGAGGCCGGCAAAGGUAAACGUUAUAGAAAAUGUUGCCAAGAAUACUACUACGACAAACAUCGAAAACACUCAAAACAUUCAUAAAGAAUCGACGUCUUUGCAAAGAAAUCAGAACGUCAUAAAAAGUUCUGCCUUAACUACGGAAAGUAUCACGGGUACGGAUUUAUCCAGUACCGCGGUUGAAUCUAGUCGUAGACAUUUAAACGGUAGGAACACUGGCGACAUAAGUUCAAGAGUUAUUUCCAGUGGAUCAGUAUCUAAUAACGUAACUGGCGAAUCAUCGUCUCGCGUGAUUUCAGGCAGAAAUGUUACUAAUAACAUGACUGAGAACUCCACUUCCCGAGUGGUGUCAGGAAGAAAUGUAUCCAGUGAUGCAAUAGGCGAAACCACCACUCGUAUUGUAUCCGGAAGAUCUGCCUCCAAUAACAUUAUCGGCGAUACAACAAGCCGUGUUCUGCCUGGAAGCACAGUGGGACAUAACAUCAGCGAAGAUUCAACAUCGCGAACGGUCUCAGGGGGUAGAACUUCCACCAACAACAUUGUGACUGGAAGCACAGCCUCGCAUAUGACCACUUCAAAGCACUUCCAUCACCGAAAGAGCGAAUUCUCCUCAGAAGCCGACGUCUCCAACACGGUCUUCCAUCGCAAAAACAUAACCACCGAUUCGAAUACGGCCAAUGGCAGCCUAACGUCCAAUGGAAAGAUGCAGCGCAAGAGCAUACUGAAUCUACACGAGCAGCCCUCGAGCACCACUACCUAUGGUGGAGAGCGUCAGAGUUACAGCAGCAUACAUCGCCAAAAUCGGGACUCUGACGCAAAUGCAACUUCUACGACCGAGCGUCGUACCUGCAACGUGCACAAAGAGAACAGGGAGCACAACGUGAAGAACUCAUCCUCAAUGACCCGCAUAAUUUCUGGUGGGGCCACCGGUUCGAGUGCCGAACGGUCAACGGCGGUGACACGCAGCCAAGUUUCGGGUGGUGGCGGCAUUGAUUUUUCGUCUCAAUCUCAUUCCCACAGCGGAAGCCAUACCAGCCGUCACCGAGGAAAUCAGCAGGUGUCCAGCUUAGGCGGUGGCAUCGAUUUCCCCUCCUACAGUGCACAUGGCCACACGGAGCGUGUGGUCACCCGGCGAGGAAAUCAGUCCUCAAUUAGUCUGGGCAAUGAAAAGUUCACCGGCUCCAGUUUGUACAAGAGCGAAUAUAUAACUGCCCCAAAAACGACGUGUGCUGUGCAUAAGAUUAAACAAGGUGCAUUCCAACAUACAAGGAGUACUCAAGAACACAAGUUCUUCAAGACCUCAAACUAAUAUAGCCCGACUACGAGUAUAUACAUAUCCUUUGCUUUACUAAUACAGAUAUCCCAUAUUAAUGAUAGGCUAAGCUUCCAUGACAAUAUACGUUUUAUACAAUAUACAAACCAAUCCGAAAAUGAAGAUUAACAAUAAAGACAACAUUCUUGAAUCGA